ACACCUUAAACACCACGCAUGGCGCUCUUACACCUUAACUCUACGACUUAACCAGACAACAAAUUGUGGGAAUAAGCUGCAUGAGCACAGCCUUUGAGCACGAAAGAGGAUUUCUUGGAAAAGUUCAUUACUGCCACUGCAUUUCAACAACUGCGGGAUUUGGACACGAAGACAGUGAGCUGUUAGAAACUGGUGUGAUCGUUCUGAGGGUGUUGUGUGCUGGGCUGAUCUCUUGUUUGACUUUCACGGUGCAGGAUUUAAUCUGUUUCCUCAGGAAACUUCAUAAAAACUGUGGAAGUUCUAACACCGUACAGCAUUUGCAGGAAAGUUCCUUCAUAGUCUGUCUUUUACAGGACAUUUCUGAGCUGUCUCAUGACAAUGCCAGUGGUCAAAGUGGAAAAAGACUCUCCAGCAGACACCACUUCGUCUGCAUCUAACCCUCCACCACAGACAGAGGAGCAGCCCAGAGGUCGGAGAAGAAAGAGACCUCUGCAGAGAGGGAAACCCCCCUACAGCUACAUUGCACUCAUUUCCAUGGCCAUUGCCAACUCUCCCGACCGAAAGCUGACCUUGGGGGGCAUCUACAAAUUCAUCACAGAGCGCUUCCCCUUUUAUAGAGACAAUUCAAAGAAAUGGCAGAACUCAAUCCGCCAUAACUUGACUCUCAAUGAUUGCUUUAUCAAGAUUCCCCGAGAGCCGGGGCGGCCAGGAAAGGGCAACUACUGGGCUUUGGACCCAAAUGCAGAGGACAUGUUUGAGAGCGGCAGCUUCCUGAGGCGCAGGAAGAGGUUUAAGCGCUGUGACUUCAGCACUUACACCUCAUAUGUCCACGAGACACCAGUUUUCUCUCCCGUCCAAAUUGCCAGAUCAGCGGCAUAUGCCAACUCAGUCUAUCCGAACAUGACAGUCAGUUGCCCGACCUACGGGCAGCAACUGCCCUCAGCCUAUUAUCCCUCUUCAUCGCCUCCUGGGUUUGGACCUGGUCAGACCCGCAUGUUCAGCAUCAAUAACCUCAUAGGACACCCAACUGCAGCCAGUAUGCUGGGAGGUCAAGGGGUGGAGGUGAUGCAGCAGCCCAGCCGGAGCUUCAGUCCUGAGGGGCAUCCAAACGAAUCCAGUCCCUGCAACUUGGGAGCCCCGACUUUCCAGAGCCAAACGUGCGGAGGCGCUGUAUCAUCUCGCCCCUCCUCUACACAUCCCGGAUUCACCUACUCUGGGCCAAACAGCCACCCACACCACCAUACACACCAGGGCUCGUAUGGACAGGCCCACACCCAGGGGUAUGCCGUGACGGGACGCAUCCAUUCCUCAGCCCACGGCCCUGCAGAGUCCAUGGAUCAUUACGGCAGGAUCUCCCCGGUGCAGUUAGGCUCUUUCUCCCAGUAUAGCAGCGCAGCAGGCCCUAUCGCCAACACUGGCGGUUACCUGAGACACCCCACGUAUCCAGGGAAUAUGGACAGGUUUGUGUCUGCAAUCUGAGCUACUGGGAAUCUGGAUCAGAGCUUCUCACUACCGUGUUAACAGAACACCUGAGACUUGAGACGGCACCAAGUGAGCCAGAGACGACUGUCUUCUUUCGUUUGUGACAUUUUUUAUAAGAUAAAAGUGAACAGACUGAUUUAAAACACCUCUCCUGACAUAACUGUGAUUUUCCACAUUAACCCUUCAACCUUUUUCUCAUAUUGAUGAUGAUCUACUCCAAGACACACUCAAUAGAAAUUUGGAUGUACAAUUCAUCCAGUGUCGAGUGUGGUUGCAAGCUUUGUUUUAUUUUUGCUUUUUUUUGUCAAGAAUUGAAUGUGCAAGUUUAAAAUUUACAUUAAUGGUAAGCUUAAGUGACAGAGUUUGAAAUGUUAAAAUAAAUUAUUGUGCUUCAUGGUCAUUGGCUUUGCAAUAAGAGGCUUGUAUGAAGAAACAUCAGCUUUAGUAUAUUUGCAUGUAUUUUUGUGCGCAAACAAGAAUGCAUUGUCAGGUUGUCUUUUUUGGAAAUAAACAGCAUUAUGAUAGCACUUUUGCUCUUCAAGAAUAAGAUAUUUAAACUAUUGUAUUAUUGCUAAUUUAAGUAAUUAGGUGGAAAACAAAAAAAAAAAAAAAUACCAGAAUGGUUACACGUAAAAUGCUACAGGAGGAAAUGUUGGUAUGCAGACAUGUGGCAUCAGUUAGCCAUAAACUGAAUUUAUAUAAUUUUAGAAUUCAAAUAUAACAUAUUACAAAAUAACAGGAGCCAAAAGAUUAAGACAUAUGCUACCAUAAACAAAAAAAAAUCCUUC